AUGCUUUUCGCGGGUUACCUCGUUUCACCAGCCCCUCCACACGUGAGCAGAUUCCCAGGGGGUCGUUUUGGUGUUGAGGUGGCUCAGCUUGCAAACGACUGGCGCGUGACUCGUUCCGCCGGCUCCCCCACCAGAUUGGGCUCGGUAGUUGGCGCGGAUUCCCCCUCACCGCUUGGCCUGCACUCCGCUGUCCUCCGCGCGCUCCUCGACCCCCGCCUCUCCCCCGCGUGCUUCCUUGUCCGCUCCUCGGAGUGGCUGCCACAGGUGCCGCCUGUUGCGCCUGGGAGAUCGGCGUCGUUGGCUCCUCUUGUGGCAGUGGAGCGCCCUGAGCGCUCGUUGAUGGAUUUCCUCGGCGCUCUGGGCCGCGACUGCACCGCGGAGAGCGAUCCCGCUCCCCGUCCGCUUCCUCCUACACGCCCUGCCGCGAGCGUACCUGUUGCUCCACCAGCGUCCGCUGAUCAGAUCCGCCGCCGCUUCGAGGACCAGCAGCGCGAGCUGGCUCGGAGCGUUCGCCUCGCCGUCGCUCAUCGGCAGCUCGCGACGAUAAGCGGGAGAGCCGCCGCGAUGAUCAUCACGGUGCGGCCCGUUCGCCGCUGUCUCCUCGUUCGCCUCGUCGCGUGGCGUCGCGAAGCCGAUCCCGUAACCGCCGUUCGCAUCGUCAUCGUUCGCCCCCUCCUCGUUCAUCUCGUCAGCGGUCGCCUGCCCGCCAGACGUUUGGGCGUCGGCCCCCAGCUCCGCGUUCGCCCCCUCCUACAAAGCGCCAACGGCUCUACUCCCCUCGUCGCGGGGACCGUUUUCCAGGCCGCCGGCGUCAGCAGGGCCCAUCUCGCCCGCAGUCGCCUGUGCGCUCGAGCGCAAGUGGGCGUGCGCGUCGUGGGCGACGGGGAGGUGACAUUCGCGGCGGAAAAGCGGGUCCAGCGCCGUCCGCAAUGGAGCGCCGUCUUCUGGAUAGGCUUGAUGACGUGGAGAAGGAGCUUCGUCGCUCGCGUGCUAGCUAAUUUUCUCUCUCUCUCUCCCUCUCUCUCUCUCUCUCUCUCUCUCUCUCUCUCUCUCUCUCUCUCUCUCUCUCUCUCUCUCUCUCUCUCUCUCUCUCUCUUGCGGCCGUGCGGUGAUGGCAGGAAGUUCACAGACCGCUUUCACCAGAACUUCCUGCAAAAGCACCUGGGAGCUGCUGCAUUUUCUCGGCCCCUUAUUCCAUUGGACGGCCACAGUCAGCCACUGCUCUGCCAGGAUUUCAAGCAGCAGCAGCAGCAGCGCUCGGAGGGCGUGGGAGCAGCGGCACUGACAUUCGGGGGGCUGUCGUACCAGGAGUGCAUGAUGGCGUUCCUCGCCCCCAAUGCUCGCUGCUGCCUCCCAGCAACCCAGCCCAACCUCUCAUCCCUCGCCACCCCUCCUCCUGCUUCCCAGACUCCUUUUCCUGCUUCCGAAACCACCGCCCUCUCUGCUGCUGCUGCUUCUACCACCGAGUUUCCAUUCUCCCGUGAUGCCGUCCCCGUUGUUGCUGCCUCCAGUGCCGCUGCUCUGUGCCGUGCAGUGAAGCGGCCAAGGGACAACUGCGUUGGGAGGGGGGCAGACCAACGUCUACCGGGUGGUUGUGACAGCCGGUUGGUGCGAAGCGGGUUGGUGCGAGACGGGUUGGUGCAAGGUGGGAUGGUGAGUAGCACAGAGCGCCGGCAUCAGUCAGCAGUGGCGGAGCAGUUUGAGCAGCAGGGGGCGAGCAGCAGCGUGCAGCAGGCAGCGGAUGAAGCCCUGCUGGAGGCUCUGCUCUGUGAGGACCCUGCCUUCACGCAACGCGCCGCUCUCUCUGUUCCUCCGCCUACCCAGCCGCCCAAACCUCUGCCAUCGCCAUUGCCCCCCCAACUCGCUGCUCCGCCUGGCUCUGCUUUCUGCAUUGGUAAUUCCACCCCCUGUGCUGAUUUCGCGGUGCAGCGGGUGGACUGGCCGCAUGUUGCGUCGGAGAGUGCCCGUGACCUUCCACACGACGUGCUGCUGGGAGACCGUACCUCCGCGCAACGUGCCGCUCUCUCUGCUCCUCCGCCCACCCAGCCACUUGCACCGCUGCCAACAGCAAUGGCCUCCCCACUCAGUGCUCUGCCCGGCUCUGCUCCCGGCAGCACAAGCAGCUGCAUUGCAGAGGUACUUGCUGGGAGUACGUGUGGGUGUGGCACUGAGGAGCAGGAAUACGUGGAUGCAUGCAUUAUCGUGCUCGACAACGGAAGCUCCACCGACAACAACCGCAACGGCACCGACAACAACGACAACAGCAACAGUGGCAACGACAACCAGAGUGACAGGGACAAGGAUGCUCUCUUUCUCGACACGCCCAUGGCCCACCUGCUGCUGGCUGGGAGUGCCCUCGCUGUGCCCCUGGCCAGUGGGCCUCAGGCUCAGGGGCCUGCACCGCCCGGUGCUGCUGGGCCACCCACUCGGGCUGCUGGGUCAGCCGUGGCAGAAUGGGCGGCAGAGCAAGGAGGGGCUGGGGAGGCAGGUGCUGACUGGCACAGGCAACAGCAGGGGCUCACCCAGGAGGCGACGCUUGCACAGUGGAAGGCGUGUGGGUGUGUAGAGCUGGAUGGCCGUGUACCUCCGCCCGCCUUCCCCCACCCACUGCCUCCCUUCCUUCACCCAAGCUUUCUGCGCCCCACUCUCUUGCUCCCUCCUUUCCUUCGCCGUGGGAGUCCCUCGCCCGCUCCCUCCUCUCUUUGUAUCCCUUCGCAAAUCUCUUCUGCCAAUCCCUCCCUCCCCCCCUUCCCUCUCUCCCCCCUGCCUGUCUGCCCCUCACCCCACCGUGUCUCCCCCUUCCUAUCUCCCCCCUUUCUCGUCCUUCCGCCAUCCCACCAAGUCGGAGCACAGCAGGGCGGGGGAGUGGAUGCGGCAAACAGUACAGUUGCAGCGGGCAGAGGGAAUGGGGAAGGAGCAGUGGCGGGAGAAGGGGAGCUGAGAGUGCUGGGAGGGUUGGGAAAACCAAAGGAGAGCAGGGGGUGGGAAGCGGAAUGGGAACACCCAGCUGCACUCCUUGUGAUGCGGAUGGGAGGCCCGGGGCAGGGGGAAAAGGCGCGAGCCAUGGGGUGA